AAUAUCAUUCCUACCAUAUUCUAACUGUCAAAAUUGGUAACUUUGCUACCAUAUUGGUAACUUUUCUACCAUAUUUUCUGCCAUAGUGUUACUUACAAUGUACAACACAACCAGAUUAUACCAUUAUCUACCCUCUGGCGAAUUCGCUUGUGUUAAAGAACCUAAAUAUCAGCCAAAACAAGAUGGAGCGGUUAUUAAGUCGUUAUACCAGAUGGAAGGUAUUCCAGACGAUAAAUCUUCAUCCGAGGAUAAAGAUGAUGGUGAUUUUAAUACAGCAGUGGCUAUGGAAGAAAUUGAUUUAGAAGCAACGCCUCUACCUAAUAUGAUUUGGACACCAACUAAGUAUAAACUAAAAGAUAUUGCUCAAUUUAUUUCUCUAGUUGCAAAACAAAAAUUUAAAGGUUUCUAAAGCUGCGAAGGAAACUGGCAUUGGAUGAAAAGCUGCUUAUAAGUUCAAAGAUCAAUGGGGAAAAAAAAUGGUGGAACAAUCUUACCUGUUUACAAACCAG